CCACGAACAUUACAAUGCAGACCAACCUUGAACAAGCCAUCGCCGCGGUCGCGCACUCAUCGAAGCCGAUCACGCUCGCCACCAUCUUCCCGGCGUACAUGAGGGUGGCCGGUUUCGACCUCCUUGCCAAUCCUCCCUCUCCCGAUUACGAAGCCCUCGAUCCAGCUUCUCAAUGGCAGCUCUUUAACACGUCCGUCUGCGGCGACGCGCGUGCAUCGUUCGAACAUGCUAUGGACAAGCAGUCGCUCGGCUCGCGGCGGGACUACGCGGAGGAGAUCGCGAGGCUCAGGGAGGAGUACUGGAAGAAUUGGCACGGCGCAAACACGAGCAGGAAACAUGGGAAAUGCGGAUGUCGCUGCAAAACCUGCGGGAUGCCCUUGCGUCCGCCUGGGGAAUCUGCGGGCGCAGGUCCGACGCCGACGGACGAUGCGCCUCCUCCCGAGAGGAGGAAACGCAGACUGAAGAAACGCGUCAAACGCACGAAACGACCACAAUCCGUGACCAGCGAUUCGUCUUCCGCUACCUCAGGCGCAUGGGAUCCAUAUGGGCCAUCAACUAGCGCUGUCCUACUAUGAUCUAGCAUCUGCUAUCCGACUUGCCUAUCGCCACUCCGUAUGAUUCGCAGCUUAGCGAGCGUCGAGGGUCUUUGGCCCUCGUUCUUCAGGUUUGUGUCGAUAACGCUCGUUCCUUGCCCAUCACCUACGUGGACCCCAGAUUAAUUGGCCCGUCGGACUCCUUCCACUCCGAUGAGCCUCAUUCCCUGGGAAUAUGAAUCAUCCCAUUCGUAGCUAGCACUGUGGCCGACUUCGUUAGACGUAGGCCUCGCGAGCAGCGGGAUGGAUACAUGCGUAUAACCAUGCAUAUGAUGCAAC